GCUUCCUUAUAGCAGCGGUUUUCCCACACCUCACGUCAGUGAUAAGUGAGGACGAUAGUAGAGACCCACAGCAUCGUACAUCGACGACAGUAGAUAUCAACAUCAUCGUACAUCGACGACAGUAGAUACCCACAUCAUCGUACACGUGCACAGCAUCCUUGCGGAAUAUCAGUCUUUGGACCAUGACCAAUGCUGCACGGCAAGAGACUCAACGCCUGUCCCACGCUGGUCCUGGGUGCGAGGGUCCGCCCAUCAAGAAAGAACCGGAAGAGGCGUGCUCAAUAUUGGCACCCGGGGUGGCGCAGCAGGACCAGGCUAUACGUCACGCACCCAAGCGCCACCUGGAGGAGCUGAGGAUGAAAAUCGUCCACCGACGACGUGCCAGGGGUCAGAGCGAGGUGCCGGACGACCCCACUCCGGUGACACACGAGAUGUCGCCGGAGGAGAGAGAGAAGAAGGAGAGGCGGAAGGAGCAGAACCGGCGGGCGGCCAAGAAAUGUCGCGAGAAGAAGCGAGCCGUGCAGUUCACCUUCGCUGAGGAAUUCGAGCGAGUCCAGAGAGAGAACGAGAAGCUGGAAGGGGAGAUCAGCCAGCUGCGUGCACAGAAGGACGUGCUGACGAGGGCGCUAAGGGAUCACGUCCAGUCGGGUAUGUGCAGUCACGUGACAGACACUACAGCAGCUACACCGCCAGCGGCCUCCACGGUGGGACCUCCACAGGAGGCAACCCUUACUGAUGACUGGAGGAACCACGUUGGCGAUCACUUGCAAGGACAGCAACUCUUGGAGACAUUCCUAGACCUGGAGGACAUCAUCAGAGAGGAACAUGGUCUCACCGACGAGAAGCCAAACCCAAAGAGCGGUCACGUGGAUUCACAUUGUUGUCUUGGCAACGGGAUGAAGGCGAGGAUGAUUGACUGCAGUUUGGCUUUUCUUGCAGACGAGACUUGUACAGGCUGCUCACACCACAGUCCGGUGGACCACUGUUGCCCGGCAACAGGUCGUGACCGUUACAGCGUGUCCUCCGUGGCCUCCAACAUUUCUGACCAGUCGACAGGUUUCGGUCUGUCUGACCACUCCAUGGGCGCCGGACCCCUUGAGGACUGGGGUCUCGUCACCUCGCAGGUCUUCAGCACAGACCCCAACUUUUUUCCGGCUGCACCUGGCGAGGACAGGAGCCUGCAGGUGGGUGGUCGCGCCACGAACCAGCUGUCCAGCUGUGUCCUUGACCCCGCAGGUACUCUGUACAACCACCAUCUUCCCCACUCCGCCAUCCCUGACAGCACUGAUGGAGAGGACGAUGAUGUGUUUGAUGUCAAUGGCACCGUGAUGAACGAGCAGCUGUGGCUAUACAGCGAGUAGACAGGCGACUAGGCCAUCACACACUAGGCGACUAUACAGGAGACUAGGACAAUCACACACUAGCCACUAGGAGACUAUACAGGUGACUAGGCCAUCACACACUAGCCACGAGGAGACUAGGCCAUCACACACUAGGAGACUAGGACAAUCACACACUAAGAGACUAGGCCAUCACACACUAGGAGACUAGGACAAUCACACACUAGGAGACUAUACAGGCGACUAUGACAAUCACACACUAGCCACUGGGAGACCAGAUAGCUACACUCACAACAAUACAACAUCUCGAGACAAUCACACGCUAGUUGUCGAUAUACACAGGGCAGACAACAUCACAAGUUUAGGGUUUUUUAAAGUUUUGUUUUUUCAUCAUCAUCAUCAUGCUGAGGGGGGACCUGUCCAUAGUCAGGGACCUUGGGCAGUGUGUGCCGGCUACAAUGGGGAUGUCGCAGUCGCAUGACCCUGAUGACCUGUCGACAUACCACAAGGACAUUGCGGGUGGAUGUGCCACGUGGAUGACAGACAUUGCGGGUGGAUGUGCCACGUGGAUGACAGACAUUGCGGGUGGAUGUGCCACGUGGAUGACAGACAUUGCGGGUGGAUGUGCCACGUGGAUGACAUUUACGCCUGUGUGGCAGAGUGACGCACUGUGAACUGUGUUUCCUGGAUGUAAAUAUUUCAGUGACAAAUGUUGUGGGACUGACAGCGCGUGACUAGCCUCCUGACACACGUGUGACAUGUAGUGUGUCAUCACAGGCUGUCACAGGCGCUGGCUAUUGUGGUUAUUUGUAAUGUCUGUCUGUCUGUCUGUCUGUCUGUCUGUCUGUCUGUCUGUCUGUCUGUCUGUCUGUCUGUCUGGAGCAUACAUGGACAGGUGGUGUACAGAUGGUUUCCAUGGACACGGGAGUAUUUCCCACUGUUUUAUUUGUCCAGAUGUCAGUAGCUUCUCGUCAGACAUUUAGCUGAAGUCACGUGACAAUAGGAUCUCAUUGGAUACAGAGACGGGUACCUGUCACAUUGUGAGACUUUACCAAUAAACUCUUGAAACCUUG